ACCAACCCCCAGAAAGAAGGCGGUGAUAUACUUUGACACGCUGCAUGAUUGUAAAUUUUACAUUUGACUCUGUUGAGCUUCGGGUUGCUUCUUUCCCCUCCACACGCGUGACACCCCCGAUUCUGUUAUGGAACAGCAAAACCUGUCCGUGGUGCUGCACUCCCAGGGAGACCUCAGACUGGAAAAGCGCCCUGUGCCGGAGCCAGGUCCCAAUGAGGUUCUGCUCCAGAUGCACUCGGUUGGCAUCUGCGGUUCCGACGUCCACUACUGGCAGCACGGCCGCAUCGGGGACUUUGUGUUGACAAAGCCAAUGGUGUUGGGGCAUGAAGCGGCUGGACGGGUGGUCAAAGUUGGCUCGGCGGUCAAACACCUUCAGAUUGGCGACCGAGUCGCUGUUGAGCCAGGGGUUCCCCGAGAGAUGGAUGAGUUUUUCAAAAAUGGGCGCUACAAUUUAUCUCCAUCUAUCUUCUUCUGUGCCACGCCGCCUGAUGAUGGCAACUUGUGCAGAUACUACACACACAGUGCUAACUUCUGCUUCAAGUUGCCCGAUAAUGUGACAUUUGAGGAGGGUGCACUGAUCGAACCUUUGUCGGUGGGAAUCCACGCCUGUCGCAGGGCCGGUGUGGCCCUUGGCAGCACUAUGCUAAUUUGUGGUGCAGGGCCGAUUGGGUUGGUCUGUCUGCUUGUGGCCAAGGCAAUGGGAGCUUCGCAAGUUGUCAUCACAGACCUGUUCCCUGAGCGUUUGGCCAUGGCCAAGAACUUGGGUGCAGACUUCCAGCUGACCGUGAAGCGAGAGGACGGACCUCAGCAGUUGGCCAAAAAGGUGGAGGACCUACUGGGAGCUCAGCCUCACAUCACGAUUGAAUGCAGUGGCGUUGAGAGCAGCAUCCAAACCGCCAUCUAUGCGACCCGCUCCGGAGGCGUGGUGGUGUUGGUGGGUCUCGGAUCAGAAACGGUCACCAUUCCUCUACUCAACGCAGCCGUCAGAGAAGUUGACAUCAGAGGCGUCUUCCGCUACUGUAACACUUGGCCCAUGGCUGUCGCCAUGUUGGCAUCAGGAAAAGUGAAUGUGAAGCCUCUAGUGACUCACCGCUUCCCCCUGGAGCAGGCGGUUCAGGCAUUUGAGACCACGCGUCAGGGUCUUGGGAUAAAGGUCAUGUUAAAGUGUGACCAGAAUGACCAAAAUCCCUAAACUGCAGUGAAACUGACUGACUACGUUUAUAUGCAGUCAAUGAAAACCCAAGUAAGGCCGCUGGGUUACUUUUUUUCUAAUUUAGAUAUUUGGACAUAGGAAUAUCAAAAAAGUUUUUUUCCGAAUAUUUCAGAAACCGGGAUUUUGACUGAGUUUGACAUGACGGCAUGUAAACGUAGUGACUGAUUAUCAAACACAACAAAAUAUGAAAGUUAAAGCAUCACAUUAUGAUAAGACCAAUAUUAGAAAUGAUGUAAAUUGAUUUUACUCCUGAUUUUAAACUGUUUACACUUUUAAAACUACUGUAAGUACUGUAAAAAUAUUGUUUGUUACAUGCUCGUAUGGUAGGACUUCACAUGCGUUUCUUAAAUACAGCCACAAGGGGGAACUAGAGCAUCAACUUUGAAACUUGUGUGUGAUGUUCAUCCUAAAAAAAAAAACGGACAUCAUGAUUUUACCGUUAUGGUACAUAAUAGAGCAAUUAACAAUGGAAAAGGUGGUGGAGCACUGCUUAAACAAUGUGGUUGAGAACAUGAUUGUAGUCAUUGAAUUAAAUUCAUGAAAUACAGUACCUGAGUUUAUUAUACCUUUUGCUGAAAAAGAAAAUCAAAAGUUGAGAUUUGAACCCAGAACCAUUUGAUAUCGAGGCAGAUGCGCCAAACAACUCCCACUCAAUUUCAAUUCAAUGUGGGAGAAAGUCAGAGAACGUGCAAACAAACUCCACUCGCAAUAUAUGACCCAGUCCCACGCAAGCAGCCAAGUUUAGCUGAUUUUAUUAUCCUGCCACGACGACAUGAUACUAGAUACAUUACGAGGCAUGCACAGCAAUAAUGUUCAUGUGGUUGAACGGAAUACAGUGCAAUGUUAAAAGCGUUACUCUGUUGUAAGGCUUUUACUGUCACAGUGUCAUUCAGUUUGGUCUUUCACUUCCAGGAUCCAAAGCCAACGUUCAAGUGGGGGAUGAUGUUUGCAGUGAUUAAACCGUGACGUUUCA